UUUAGAUAAGACAGCGUGCUGUCACCGACGCAGGUAUAAAAGACGAGGGCAGGGUAAAGUAAGGCCACCGUCAGAAUCACAGCAGUCCGUCAUCAUGACCUUCAACGGGACCUGGAAAGUCGACCGCAAUGACAACUACGAGAAGUUCAUGGAAGAAAUGGGCAUCAACAUGGUUAAAAGGAAACUAGCUUCUCAUGACAACCUGAAGAUCACCCUGGAACAGACCGGAGACAAGUUCCACGUGAAGGAAGUCAGCACUUUCCGCACACUGGAAAUUAACUUUACUCUGGGUGUCACCUUCGACUAUUCCCUGGCAGACGGCACGGAGCUCACAGGAUCCUGGGUCAUGGAGGGUGACACGCUUAAGGGGACGUUCACACGCAAGGACAACGGAAAGCUGCUAGUCACAACCAGGAAGAUCAUUGGUGAUGAACUUGUACAGAGCUAUACCUAUGAGGGAGUCGAGGCCAAGAGGAUUUUCAAGAGGGGUUAAAAUGACAUCAGCAUUCCCAAACUUUCUAGUGGGACGAUGUGAAACUUUUACAUGUUGCAAACAUAGAUGUUCAACCUGAUAAUAUGGGGAUUUAACAAUUGGCAGCCCUGAAGUUUACAAAGCAUGUAUGUAAAUCAUGUGUCAUUUGCACUGUGAGUUUUGAUAUUUGUGGCAAUAAAGCCAUUUUUACAUCCUUUA